AUGGAGUAUGUUGCAUUACUUGGCAAGGUGUUGCCAUAUCUAAAGCCGAUACUGUAUCAACUUCGGCCUUACGAAAUCAGAGUUGGAGAACUAACCAAAGGUGUUAAUAAGCUGCGGAAAGAGAGAAAAAGGGUGCAAAAUAAAGUUAGAGAGGAAGAAAAACGAAAUGGUAGAGCUAUUGAUGAUGAUGUGAUUAAAUGGUUGGAAGAGGUGGAUGGAGUCAUUUCGGAGUAUGAUGAUUUCUGGGAGGAUGAAGCCCGUCCCUAUGCUGUGUGUUCUGAUGGUUACCUUCCUAAACCCGCUAUAAGGUAUAGUCUAAGCAGAGUUGUGAAUGGUAUUACAAGGAGGGUUAAUGUUCUACUGCAGACUGCGAAACAUGAUGAUUUUUCUUAUUGGUUGGGCACACCUUCCUUCGAUGCUGAUUUUGAUAACAUUAGGUAUGAGUUGUUUGAAUCAAGAAUUCAAACUGUGGGUGAUAUUUUGGCAGCAUUGGCAGACUCGAAUGUUGAAGUUAUUGGAGUUUAUGGGUGGAAUGGAGUGGGGAAAACUAGUUUGAUAAAAGAGGUUGCUAAGGAAGUAAAAGGUAGUAUGUUUGAUGAGGUGAUUAUGGUGAAUGUAACUAGUUGUCCUGACAUUCGAAGUAUUCAAGGACAAAUUGCUGACAAGUUGGGGAUGAAAUUGGAAGAGGAAUCUGAGAAUGGAAGAGCAGCUUGCUUACGGGGAAGAUUAAAGAACCCAAAGGAGAAAACCCUUAUAAUCCUAGAUAAUAUGGGGGUGAAACUGGACUUCAAUGUGUUGGGAAUUCCAUCUGAGAAUAAUGGCGGUAGCCAGAUGAAUUACAAAAUGAAAAACCCUUCGGCCCAUCAUAGCUAUGCAAUGAAAGCAGAAGAAUUUGAUGGCUCUAGUUUGAUGAAGACAGAGGAACCUCUUGCUAGGCACAAAGGAUGCAAAAUUUUGAUGAUUUCUGAUAGUAAACAGAUUUUGCUAAGCCAGAUGGAGGGGAAAGGAAUCCAUACUUUUUGUGUAAAAGCAUUAAGGGAAAAGGAGGCAGAGACGAUGUUUAAGAACAUGGCUGAAAUAGGUGAUGGAAAUUCUAUGCUUGAAACAUUAGCCACUCAAAUUGCCAAGAAGUGUAAAGGGUUGCCCUUGACGAUUGUUACAACUGCAAAUGCAUUAAAAAACAAGAGUCUUCUGGUAUGGGAGGAUGCAUAUCGAAAGCUUGAAAGGCAAAACUUAACAGCAAUGCCUGAGUUUUCCACAAAGCUGAGUUAUGAACUUCUACAAGAUGAGGAGCUCAAGCACACUUUCUUAAUUUGUGCUCGUAUGAAUCAUGAUGCAUCAAUUACUGACUUGGUGAGAUAUUGCGUCGGUGUUGGUUUACUUCAAGGAAUUUACACAGUAAGGGAGGCUAGAGAUAGAGUACACGUGUUGGUUGGAAAGUUGAAAGAGUUGAGUUUGUUGUCUGAUAGUUUUUCAAGUGAUCGUUUCACCAUGCAAGAUAUUGUCCGUGAUGCAGCUUUGUCAAUAGCUACUCAGCAGAUGAACGCCUUUGCAUUGACAAAUGGUAAACUAGAUGAAUGGCCCGACACAGACAAGCUUGAAAGGUACACUGGUAUUUCCUUACAUUAUUGUGAUUUGACUGAUAUCAUGAAGGAGUUUCCUGAAAGCAUAAACUGUUCCAGACUUAGAGUUUUUCGUCUUGACAAUAAGGAUCCACUUCUUGAAAUACCAGACAACUUUUUUAAUGGAAUGAAAGAACUCCGAGUGUUAAUAUUGAUUGGCAUUCAUCUAUCAUCCUUACCUUCCUCAAUUAAAUGCUUAAAAAAACUCAAAAUGCUUUGUUUGGAGAGAUGCAAGUUAUCUGAGCAUUUAUCCAUCAUUGGAGAGUUGGAGAAAUUACGAGUUCUUAGUUUAUCAGGAUCUGAUUUUGAUAAAUUGCCCGUGGAAUUGUGCCAGUUAGCUAAGCUACAAAUUUUGGACAUAAGUGAUUGUUUUAAGCUUAAAAUUAUUCCUGCUGGUGUAUUGUCAAGUUUGACUAGUUUGGAAGAGUUCUAUGUGAGAAACAGCCCAAUUCAAUGGAUAGAUGAAGAACAGGGAAAUUCUAGUCUUUCUGAGCUGAGGCAUCUGAUUCAGUUAAGAAUACUUGAUAUACAGAUCCCAAAAAUUACCCAUUUGCCGAAGAACUUGUUCUUCGACAAGUUGGAUACGUACAGGAUCAUCGUUAGUGAAUAUUUUGAUGCAUAUCCAGUGUGGGAUUUCAAGAUGCUAGAGCUGUUUGAAUCAUCAAGAUAUUUGGCACUUCAUCAAGAAAACGGCUUUGACAUUCAUUAUCAAAAGGAGCUCAAAAUACUAUUUGGAAGAGUUGAAAAUUUGUUGUUGGGACAACUAAAUGAUGUUGAGGAUAUUUUCUAUGAAUUGAAUUAUGAAGGAUUUCCAUAUCUAAAAUAUUUGUCCAUUGUAAGUAACUCGAAAGUUAAGUCCAUCAUCAAUUCAAAGAACCUUAAACAUCCUGAGAAAGCAUUUCCCAGAUUAGAGUCGUUGUUUCUCUAUGAAGUCAAUAACAUGAAGCAUAUAUGUCAGAUUCAGCUUACACAUGAUUCAUUUUGCAAAUUGAAAAUCAUCAAGCUCAAAAUAUGUGGUCAAUUGAAGAAUGUUUUCUUCUCUUCUAUGAUCAAACAUAUUUCUACACUUGAAACAAUUGAAAUUUCUGAGUGUAACUCUUUGACGGAGAUUAUUACCUUGGAAACGGAUAGAAUUGUUAUCAUAGAUAAAAUCAAGUUUCCAGAACUGCGCACUUUGACACUACAAUCUUUGCCUGAAUUUAUUGGAUUCUACAAUGAUGAUGCAUCAACAAGAGAAGAAGUGCCUAAUAGGAAGCCCAAUGAACUCUUUGAUGAAAAGUCUGAUAAAUCUUCAAAGCCUUUUUGUGAGUGA